UACCCGUAUUAGCCAGAGUAAACAUUUGGUAAGUCUAAACCUGAAUCCUGAAUAAAACCCUAGUUAGCCAGAAAGAGGGUUUUUGAAGGUUCUUCGUUUCCGAAUUGAGAGCAGAGAGAGAGAUGGGGAGCGACAGCGAGGCAGAGAAGUCGGCGCAGAAAGAGAAGGAAAAGAAGAUAUUGGCGCUGUCUCCCAUUGCUAAACCCCUCGCCGGCAAGAAGCUUUGCAAGCGAACCCUUAAACUUGUUCGUAGAGCUUCUCAACACAAAUGCUUAAAGAGAGGAGUCAAGGAGGUCGUUAAGAGUAUACGGAGAGGUCAAAAAGGGUUGUGUGUCAUAGCUGGGAACAUAUCACCCAUUGAUGUCAUCACACAUGUUCCUAUCCUCUGUGAAGAGGCUGACAUUCCAUACAUAUAUGUCCCUUCCAAAGAAGAGCUUGCAGGCGCAGGAGCAACGAAGAGGCCUACUUGCUGUGUUCUGGUAACGACAAAGCCUGCAAAGGGUGAAAUAGAACAAGGGGAACAAGAGAAGCUAAAGUCAGAUUAUGAUCAAGUUGUAUCAGAAGUUUCUGAGGUUACAGCUUCACUUUUUUGAAACAAGCACACAUGUAUUUGUACUGUUUGCUCCAGCUUAAUUAACUUAGGCAGGAACCUGUGCCUAUAUUUGUAGUUUUAUUUUUCAAAGAGCAAAGAACCAAAUGAAGUGCCGCGAACUCAUUAUUUAGUAUAAACUCAAAUACUGCUUUAGCGCCACAGUA